AUUCCUUUACAUUAAGCACAUAUCUCGCUCCCGCUCCCGACCCCCGACUCUCCUUUGCAAACAUUGCACUUCUCGACCGACUCGAACUCGACCAACUCGACUCGUGUGAGCAGCACCCCAACUCAGAUCUUCACAUCGCAUACACGAACCGAACCCAACCCGGCGUGUCAUCAUGGCCGAAGCAACAGCCACCGGCACCGACACCGGCACCAGCACGGACAUCGUGCGCAAGUCAAUGGAUAAGAAACAUCUGGCACUGCACGACCCGGAGCUGUCGUCCAUCGAUGUGGACGCCGCUAAACUGGCAGAAAUGGGCUACAGCCAGGAACUGGAGAGAAACUUCAGCAAAUGGUCGCUUCUCGGUAUCUGCUUCGCCCUGACCAACUCGUGGUUCGGAAUCUCGGCGUCGCUGGUCACCGGUAUCAGCUCCGGCGGCCCGAUCGUCACCGUCUACGGUAUCAUCAUCGUCACGCUUAUUAACGGUUGUGUGGCCGUCUCGCUCGCCGAGUUGAUCUCGGCGUUCCCGAACUCCGGUGGUCAGUACUUCUGGGCCAGUGUUUUGGCCCCGGCUGAGUGGUCGAACGUGCUGGCCUACUACACCGGCUUCAUCGGUUAUGCCGGCAGCAUCUUCACCUGUGCCAGUGUGGCUGUGUCCAUCGGUACCUCAUUGAUGGGAAUGAUCCAGAUCAACAACCCGGAAUUGACGAUCGAGAGAUGGAUGGUGUUCAUCGCCUAUCAGCUUUUCAACUUUGUCGCAUACCUCUUCAACUGCUAUGGAAAGACCCUGCCGGCUGUCGGAAACUUUUUCCUCUACGUGUCACUCGUUUCGUUUGUUACCAUCACCAUCACGGUGCUGGCUAAGGCGUCGCCGAAGCGGGAGCCCAAGUUCGUGUUCGCCAACUUUGUCAACAACACCGGAUGGGAGUCUGGCGGUAUCGCCUUCAUCGUCGGAUUGAUCAACCCCAACUGGUCCUUCUCGUGCCUGGAUUCCGCCACUCAUCUGGCCGAAGAAGUCCCCAAGCCCGAGCGCAACAUACCCUUUGCCAUCAUGGGCACCAUCGCCAUAGGCUUCGUCACCUCAUUCUCCUACGCGAUCGCCAUGUUCUUCUCCAUGCAGGACCUCGACGAGCUGGUCAACACUCCCACCUGGACCCCGAUCAUGGCGCUCUACCUCCAAGCCACCAACUCGAUCCGCCUCACCACCUUCCUCGAGUUCCUCAUCUGCUUCACCGGACUCGGUUGCCAGAUCGCAUGCCACACCUGGCAGGCGCGCCUCUGCUGGUCCUUCGCGCGCGACCGCGGCCUCCCCGGCUCCCGGUACUGGGCGCAAGUCCACCCGAAGAUGGGAAUUCCCUUUUACGCGCACACCAUGUCCUGCGUCGUCGUCGGCAUCUUGGGGCUGUUGUACAUAGGAUCUACAACUGCCUUCAACAGCAUGGUGACAGCGUGCAUUGUGCUGCUGUACAUCUCGUACAGCAUUCCGGUGAUCCUGCUGCUGAAGAAGGGCCGCAACAACAUCAAACACGGCCCGUUCUGGCUCGGCGGCUUCGGCCACUUCUGUAACUACGUCCUCCUCAUCUGGACCGCCUUUACGCUCGUCAUGUACUCGUUCCCGUACGCGAAGCCCGUGACCGCCGGCAGCAUGAACUACGUCUCGGUCGUGUACGCCGUCACGUUCGCCAUCAUUGCGAUCUACUGGGUCGCCCGUGGAAAGAGGACGUUCCGCAGCAGGGAGGAGCGCGAGGGCGUCGCGAGUACCAUUCCUGUACCGCUAUAGAUUCAAGGAUUACUGGAUUACUGGGGUGCUUUUGGCGUUGCAGUGGCGGUUCAUUUUUUCCUUUUUUCUUUUUCCUUUUUUCUUUUUCUUGCCACGACUUG